UAUUUUAUUUCGAAAAAAAAUCAUUUAAGGAUAAGAUAUCGACUCAUCCUAAAAUAGAUUCAAAAACAUUAAAAUUUAUCCUAAUUCUUUUUAUUUCCCAUCUUUGUUAUUAUCCCGUUGAACCCUAUCCUUUGCCUGUUUUUCGGCCCGCGAUAUAUAACGGACUUGUCCUCCCCUCCCAGUUUGAGUCGCCUUCUUCUUCCCCACCUCUCCCCAAACUUCUUCGUUACAGCCAGCCAUGGCCACUGCUCGAGCAUUGCUCUUCGUUCUUUUCAUCUCCUUUACAUUGAUCUGUUCAUCUUCUUCAACCCCGAGGAAGACCGCUAGAAUCUAUGAACUCAGGAAAGGGGAUUUCUCCAUCAAGCUCACAAACUGGGGAGCUACAAUACUCUCCGUUAUCCUCCCAGAUUCCAAAGGGAAUUUGGCUGAUGUUGCUCUUGGAUAUGAAGGGAUUGGUCCAUAUAUUAAUGGGACUACUAACUUCGGAGCAUUGAUAGGUAGGGUUGCCAAUAGAAUUGCAGGGUCUCGAUUUGUUCUAAAUGGAACUGCACAUAGAUUAUAUCCUAAUGAUGGAAAGAAUUCACUUCAUGGUGGUCAUAGAGGAUUUAGCCGUGUGUUUUGGACAGUAGACGAGAAGGUAGAUGGGGAAUUUCCUUACAUUACAUUCUAUUACUACAGUUUUGAUGGGGAACAAGGCUUUCCCGGCGAUCUCAACGUUUUUGUCACUUACAAAAUUUCGGGUCCAUAUGAGCUAAGUGUCAUCAUGAAAGCCUCGCCGAGGACGAAAGCCACGCCGGUAAACCUUGCCCAGCAUAAUUACUGGAACCUUGGUGGACACAACUCUGGCUCAAUUCUCUCCAACAAAGUUCAGAUCUUUGCUUCACUUAUCACUCCAGUAGAUGAAAAUCUAAUCCCAGUUGGAUCAAUCUCCUCAGUCACUGAGACUCCUUAUGACUUCCUCAAGCCGCAGACUGUCGGAAGCCGAAUCGAUGAAGUUGAAGGCGGCUACGACAUUAAUUAUGUUGUUAAUGGUAAUGGAAUGAAGAAGGUUGCUAUUGUGAAAGACGAAAGAUCAGGGAGGCAAUUUGAGCUCUGGUCAAACCAGCCUGGAGUCCAGUUUUACACUGGGAAUUUCCUUGAUCAUGUUGAAGGUAAGGGAGGGGUGAUAUAUGAAAAGUAUGCUGGAUUGUGUUUGGAGACACAAGGCUUUCCUGAUUCUGUAAAUCACCUGCAAUUCCCCUCACAGAUUGUUAAUCCUGGAGAGGUUUACAAGCAUGAUAUGGUGUUCAAGUUUUCAUUUUGAUGUUAAGGAAAAAAAAAAAAGCUAAUUCUUCGUUUGGGACGGCUUUCUUACUGCUUUUUAAGACAAUCUUUUAUUAUAAAAAAGAACAAAUUUUGCACUAAAAAAUUGCUUUAAGUUGCAAUAAGAAAAUCGUCCCAAACGAAACCUAAAUGUGAUUAUUGCGUGUGGAUGUGGCACAAUAUAAGCUAUUCUUGGAAUAAAAUUUUGUGU